UGCACAAGGCCGCUCUCGGAAACAUGGAGAUCCAUGCAGUGAAUUUAUCCGUGUUGCUGAUGUUCGUCGCAGCAGUGUUCAGCGUUUUUGCCGAGGAAAGACACGGGCAGGAUCCGUUCAAUGAAGACUUUCUGCGACGAGUGUUGGCACGCGCGCGAACCUGGCGACCGGACGUGAACUUCCGCGCGAACAUCCACUAUCACGCCUUCCGGUCGUUGGCUGGGAUCGGUCCCAGCAAGACUGGGUUCAAAGUGCCGAUCAUGAAUUAUGACUACGUUUACGACAUCGACAUCCCGGAGUCGUUUGAUUCUCGUGACCAUUGGCCCGAGUGCGAGUCGUUGCGAGAAAUACGCAACCAAGGAACAUGCGGAUCCUGUUGGGCCGUCGCCGCUACCAGUGUCAUGUCGGAUCGUAUCUGCAUCCAUUCGAAUGCCACCAUCAACGUUGCGCUUGCAGCGGAAGAUCUGAUGGGGUGCUGUGUGAACUGUGGAAACGGAUGUAACGGCGGGUUUCUCGACGGGGCCAGUUUCCAAUACUGGGUUGAUGUGGGGCUAGUGAGCGGUGGAGCGUACAAUUCAACCGACGGAUGCAAACCGUACCCCUUCAAACCAUGCCUGUAUCCAUUCAGUGAUUGUCACCAAGAAGAAUCGCCCAAGUGCAAGCACCAUUGCGUCCGAGGAGCGGAUCGUCGAUACGGCAAGGAUAAGCUAUACGGCCGCACCGCGUACAGUGUUCCGCGCGAUGAGCGUGUAAUAAGGUACGAGAUCAUGACCAAUGGACCGGUGGAGGCCGGAUUCGACGUCUACGAGGACGUCUUUCUGUACAAAUCCGGAGUCUAUCGGCACGUGUUCGGAAAGCAAGUUGGCAAACACGCGGUGCGCAUCAUCGGGUGGGGCCGCGAAGGCGGGCUACCGUACUGGCUGAUUUCCAACUCGUACGGCGAAGAUUGGGGUAACCACGGAUACUUCAAGAUGCUCCGCGGGACUAACCAUUUGGGCAUUGAGUCAAAGGUCAUCACGGGCCUACCGCUUGUAUGAGAUGCAAUU